UUGCCUGAAUCUUUUCAACAGUUUUAGUGUGAGUAGCAAAGUGCUAUGGAAUGUAUGGAGCUCCUCGUCCUUUGUGCCCUGUGGCCAAUGACUUCGAUUGCAUUUUCUACCUUCUACUCCCCCUACACAUAUUUGGGCACGGCUCAGGAGGAAUAUUUGGCGUUCCCCCACCAGGCCAUCACAACAACUCCGAACAAUGGGCUCGUGCUAGGAGGCACAACCACAGGAGUCUUGGACAGUACCUAUGGAAAUGGCGUCGAUGAUGCUUUCGCUGUGCAUGUCUCGACACCAGGCUUGACCGUUACAGGUUUGAACAGCGGAUAUGUACAAAUCUACGCGACGGAAUCCAGCGAAAAAAAUGCCUAUGGCUUGGCGGUAGCAUAUUCGUCAAGAAGCAAUCUUAUCAUCCUUGCCGGAUACACCGAUGGUCACAUGCAGCCCAGUGCCAACUUUGAAGGCUCCAAUACUUGUGAGUAUUCCAGCUGUACUCAAGAUGCAUGGGUUGCCGUAUUCAAUUAUGAAGGGGCCAUCCAGUGGGGGAAGCAAGCUUCAUCUGGUCGCGAUAACAUUUACCAAGCCUUUCCAUCCUCGUUCUAUGACCGCUUUACAGCUGUGGCUGUGAAUGGAGAUCAAAUCUGGGCAACAGGAUACACGUCUCACGCGAUCACCAGCAGCCACACCAAUCAGGGUGGUGAAGAUAUCAUCAGGUUUGUGUGGUCAGAGAGCGGAAGUAAUAUCAACAAUUUUCAAGAGGGAAGCUCUGGCAACGAUCGCGCAUUGGGAAUCCAGUUCAAUAGCAACCAAGAGCAUUUCGUUGGUGGCGAGACAACUGGCGAUUGGGGAAAUGGAAAUGCAGGCGAUUGGGAUGUCUUGCUAAUUAAGUACGGCCAGUCCGGUACACAGGAAUGGGCCAUAACCUAUGGAGGUUCCGCUGAAGACGGAUUUGCUGCAAUGCAAAUCAGUAGUGCCGGUGACAUUUACAUUGCAGGAAAUACCAAAGGCACCUUGGAUGGUGCACAUGCCGGUGGCACGUAUGACUAUUUUCUCACGAAGUUUCGUGCGUCUGACGGCCAAAGGGAAUGGACAGUGCAACGCGGAACUUCGUACUCAGAGACAGUGCAUGGACUAUGGAUUUCUCAAGCAGGCAACUUCUUGUUGGCCGGUACCAUUGGUUGGGGCCAGUCUGCUUCGGUCAUAAUGGAUGGACAAUAUGGAUUUGGCUACACAGAUGCUUUCCUUGUGGAGCUCACAGGUGGCUCAGGAGUACCAACGUGGUCUUCCACCGUGCUCCACGGAACCGACACCUAUGACACAGGACAAGGUGUGGUUCAAGUCAACAGUGGCAACAUAUAUUUGAUUGGGCAGACAAGAGAUGCCUCCAUCCAUGGCACCAACCCAUACGUCAACACUGGGGACGAUAUCUUCAUCCAGGAGAUCACAACGACUACGACUACAGGAACGAGCUUAACUGUCACGACAACAUCGUUGACCUCGAUCACCGCUACAACUACCUCUGCAACAGUGACGACUUCGACAUCAUCGUCAAACACGCUGACAUCGACGACAUCAUCAAGCACAACAACAUCGAGCACAACGACGUCGAGCACCACUACAGCAAGCAACACGACAUCAAGCACCACGACAACAACGACGUGGACAAAUACAAGCUCGACUGUCUCGAAGACUACUUCAACAUCAUCAACCUACACAAGAACAUCAGUGACGUCAACAUCACACACUCUGACGGUUUCAACGGAGACUCUGACUUCAACCCUUUCCACCACAAGCCGGUCGUCGAGUGAAACCGCAACCACCUCAAGCGUAACUUCAACCACCUCAAGCGUAACUUCAACCUCAACUGGCUCAACCACCUCAACAGCAACAUCAUCAAGCAGUACCACCAGCUCCACAAGAAGCAGCACCACGGCAACUGAGAGCAGCACCUCAAGCCUCACAAGUAUCACAUGGAGCAACACCCUCACAACCUCCACAUGGAGCAGCAGCGCUACUACGACUCAGUCUCAGACCACUUCGGUUCUUGUGGAUUCAGGAGGUGGGACAUCUGUUGCAGCGACGUUUGCAACCACGACCGUCACGACCGCGCCAAGCAGCGCUGUUUGCAGCAGUUUGCCUUCUGGUCAAGGAGUGCUUGCCGGUGAUUGCGUGGGCAAAAGCAGCGGGCAGAGCUGCGUGGUGCUGUGUGACACUGGCUUUGAAGGAGGUCCAACACAGUAUACAUGCAACGCUGGCGCCUUCGAAGGGCCUAGUGCGCCGUGUCAAGUGGUUUCAUGCUCCAUUGGAGGAUUGCCUCCUGACCUGGAUUCUUCUUUGUGCGAGGGCAUACCUUUGGGUGGUUUUUGUUUCGUGAGAUGCCCACAAGGCUUCGUUUUUGCGGAGUCUGUUUACUCCUGUCAAAUGAGUGGCAACUUUUCAGGGUCCCCGCCGAUUUGCAGUCCUUUGGUGUGCAGCAGUGAUGGAUUGCCGCAGGAUUACCGUCUCAAUAUCAGCAGCUGUGUUGGGGCAAUCGCUGGGCAAUCCUGUCAAGUUGCAUGUAAUUUUGGUUUUGAAUCGGCCACUGUUUCAUCGUCAAAUUUCCAAUGCGAGAAUGACGGAAAUUUUCGCGCACUUGAUGUGGGGCCCCUGCCAAGCUGCAGCCCCAAGAAAUGUCCAGCGCCCAGCCCAGGGUCAUCUUCAGUUCCAUGGGCGACAGAUUGCGAAGGUAAGCAGCACGGACAAACGUGCAUGGCAAUUUGUUCAGCAGGGCAUUCAGGAUCUCCAACGCAAUUCAUUUGUGAGAAUGGGCAGAUCUUAGGUCAGCAACCCAGCUGCAUUCCCCUUCCAUGCCAACUGACAGGCCAGAUUGCGGUUGGUGUUGACUUCUCUGCUUGCAGUGGAAUCACCACAGGUAGCAGUUGCGAGCGGCGUUGCAUCUUUGGGUACGAAGGGGUGGGUGAUCCUGCUAUGGUGUGCCAAAGUGAUGGGAGCUUCUCCUACUCCCAGUUCCAGUGCCAAGCCACCGUUUGCGGCAAACUUUCAGACAUCUUGCCUUUUGCAAGUCCAGAAUUCAAAGAUUCUUGCCAGGGCUUGAGUUUUGGUCAAUCGUGCUCCGUGUUGUGUGAGACGGGUUGGGACAUUGAUGGAGAUGCAAUCACGAUGCUAUGCAAUAACACUCCUGCUCAGAGUGCAGGGUAUGGGACAGGGGGCUUGCCCGCCGUCAACUCUACUCCACCAACUUGCGUUGCCAAACCUUGCGCAGCUCGUCUUCCAAACAUUCGAGGUGCUACUCACAACUGCGAAAACAAAACCACUUUGCAGACCUGCACAGUGGAUGCGGCCUUGGGCUUCACCAGUGAUGGAGUAGCGACACUCCAGUGUGGCACUGAUGGUGAAUUCAAGGGCAGUUUUCCAAGCAUCGAAGCAGCAGUCUGUCCCACACCGACCUUUGGCAUCGGCGUUGCCAGCACAUGCGCCAACAAGACAAUUGGAGCAGAGUGCUGGGCCUAUUGUGUCUCAGGAUACACCGGAAGCUCACAGGCUUACAGCUGCGUUGCUGACUCGAACGCAGGGGGCGCGGCCCUAGCGCCCGUUGGCUCAGCAAUCAGCUGCUCUGCUCGACGGCUUGUGGAUUUCAAUCCAAGCGACGCCACUGCCCGGCGACUGGUUGGCGCAGGCUGUGGCGAGCCAGCAGUGGCCGCAUUCGGAUUGACGAAUGCAUAUGAGCACAGUUGCGCAACUGUGGCGGAUACGGAAAUUUGCAUCUGCCAUUGCAACUUUGGUUGGGCUUUGAGCGGAGAUGCUUCCCUGCUGACAUGCCAAGACGGAGUGCUGACAGGGAGUCUGCCGAGCUGCUCUCCUGUGGCUUGUACUUACAACCUGCCAAGCGCAUUGGGAGUUACACACAAUUGUUCUGGCGUCACCACAGGAGGGAGUUGUUCAGCAACAUGUGGGGCCCCUGGUUUUGCCAACAGCGGGUCUGGGCCAGAAGUCUUCGAGUGCCUAGCAACAGGAGAAUUCCAAGGACAGGACCCCAGCUGCGCUCCUGCACCGUGUGAGAAUUUGACGCUGGCAUCCCAAUUUGAGCACAAUUGUCGCGGCAUGGUUUUCCAAGAUGCGUGUGCUGUUUCUUGCGCAGAAGGCUACUCGCUCACUGGGCCUCCUUCGCAGUACAUUUGUGGGGCAAACGCAAUCGUUGAGGGCGCAUUGCCAACCUGCACGGCAAACCCUUGCUCUCAUACCAUGUCCGGGGAAGUUUUUCAGUCCGAUUCUUGCAAUGGUGUGACUACGGGUAGCUCUUGCACCGUUUCUUGCCAGCAAGGCAUGAUUCCAAAUUCAGGAGAGAUGACUUGUCAUUCCAGCGGUUUGUUGGUGGGAACGCUUCCUCUCUGCCUACCUGCUCAAUGUCCACAGACCCCGGCCCUUGGAGCACCGGCCGUAGCUCACAACUGCGAAAACGCAUCCUUUGGGCAAAGUUGCAGCGUCUACUGUGCCACCGGUUACAAACUGACGCAAGGAAAAGGGGAACUUUGGCACUGCGACCUGGUGAAUGGAAGCCUUGCUCUGACAGGCUCCUUACCCACUUGUGAGGCUUUGACUUGCUCGAUCGACUUGAACCCAAGCGACUCAUGGACCGACAAUUGCAGUGCUGAACUUGAAGUGGGUGAGUCUUGUAUUCAGAGCUGUCGAAAGGGCUAUAUGCAAAAUGGGUCGGCUGAGAGCAUCUUGUGCAAUUCGGAUCUCACAGUUGGGGGAAGACGCCCCCAAUGCCAAAGUGUGGUGUGUGACACAGAGCAGUUGAACGGCCAAUUCCAAUUUUUGCAGCAUUCUUGCGACGGUGUAACUGCAGACCGAAGCUGCUUUGCGUUCUGCCGUGUGGGUUUCGUUGCUGAACAAGGUGCUGUUGAAUGGAUUUGCGCUGACGGUGGAAGCGCUGCCUUGACUGAGCCAGUCAACGGAUUCGCUUUGCGAGGGGUCAUUCCUUCUUGUGUGGCGCAGGUCUGCAAAUACAACAUUCCGGCAGGAGACCCAAGCAUCUCCCACAAUUGCACAAAUGUUUCAACGGACGAAACCUGCAUUGUCUCUUGCGCUGAUGGAUGGCUUCCAAGAAGCCCUGAGACAGGCUUUGAGACAAUGUACACAUGCGGUAGUGAUCGCGUGCUGAAUGGGAAACCGUUGUCAUGCACAAAGGGGACAACCUCGGUCGCUUCAGUUGCAUUAUCCACUACCAGGACGACCACAACGACGUGGACGGUCUUCUUGCGGGGAGCUGUGAAACUACAGCCACUCCAGAAGUGGCCGCUCACAUUCAAACAUAACUACUUGCUUCAAUACUUCGUCUCUGACCCAGAUGUCAAACCAGCUCUCGCCACAGCCAUUGCCUCCGCCCUCAAUGUCAGUGUUCAUUCUAUUGAGUUGAACGUCACCAUUUUAGCUGCUGAUAUAAGAAAUGCAGGACGCCGUCUCAGCGAAAAUGACACGAAAGACAUGAUCUUGGUUGAAUAUGCUUGUAGCCGUUCUUUCCCGUCGCUGGCUCUUGCAACGGACUGGGCAAGCCGAGAAAUCUCGCUGGAGGAAGUGGAGGCUUCGAUCAAUGAGAACUUGGCCAGCGGGCUUUUUCAAGCUCAGGUUCUUGGUUUUGAACUUGAGAUUAGUGGGCUGCCAGUGGUUUCAGAGCCUUCCGAACCAAGCGCUCUUUGGGUCUUGCCGUUUGCCGCCUUGCUUUUUCUUUGCUUCAGCUUCGUCGUUGGCUCGCUUUGCUACGCCCACUUGUGCCGUGGGAAAGAAGCGGCAGCAGCGACUGCAAUUGAUGAGGAACAAGGAAAAACAACCCUGACAGAAGAGAAUGGUAAUGCUAACGCAGGGGCCAUAGUGGUCCUGGAGGCAGCCCAGGUGGGCGAAGUUCGAGCGGGCGAGGUGGCUGCUGUGGUUACAGAAGACUUGGAAGUCAUGUUGCAGGAGGUGGGUGUUGGCUUCGAUGGCAGCAGCGAGUCCGAUGAGGAGCUGAAUGAAGUGGUUGAAGCAGCAAUGGACGGCCUUGGCUUCGUUGACUGAAGGCAAGUGGCUCAUUAGUCGAUAUUUGAAUUUGGGACGUGUGCCUCCAUAGGAGGUUGUAUGGUUCCAGGUUUCUGAUUCUAGAUGCUGAGCCUGCACAGCGGGCGUUGCGCAGUUUGUGGCUGAGGGAAUGGCUCUUUAUUGACUCUAGUGUCUCUAGUGAAUGGUCUCGCUGGUGCCGUCAGGGAACUGCACAUCUUUUACACGCGCCAGGUUUUUUCUAUUUGCAAGUCCUCAAGCGCCAAGCUGCCACAGGUUUGACGGAGCAAAGUAUCCAUCUGGGGCAGAUUGCCCGAUGAGCAGUUUCGUC